AUGGCUCAGACGAACAAAGAACCUGCUAAAAUUGAGGCUCAGCGCACUUUCCCGCCUCUUGACGAAAGUCUUUAUUACUUGCGCCCCCAAGACGCUGCAUUUUACAAGACACUCACUGGAAUUGAAGACGAUGCGGCUCUGAAGAAACAUAUAUUGGACGUUCAAGCGAAAGCAUAUAAGGUUGCCCCUUACGGUUGCAUCUGUCUUUUGGCUUUUACCAGACGAAGACUAGCGGAGCUACCUGCUUAUCAGCAAGUUGUGCGUAUCGGACGUGAAUGCAAGAACCCAAUUUUCCUUGACAUCGGCUGCUGCUUUGGCAAUGUCAUCAGGGAAGCGGUUCUCGAUGGUUUUCCUGCAUCCCAGGCGAUCGGAAGCGACCUUCAUGGAGAACUCUGGGAUCUGGGGCAUGAACUCUUCAAGUCGUCUCCGGAUACCUUUCCAGCUCACUUCGUAGGCGGUGACGCCUUCGAUCCGGAAACCCUCACCGUGGCUACGCCUGCUUCCACGCAGAUAGCAGAAGUUCCCACGCCCGACCUCAAUAACCUCACUUCGUUAAAUCCUUUGCGCGGAUGUGUUUCCGCAAUCCAUGCGACAGCCUUCUUCCACCUAUUUAAAGAAGAUCAACAGCUGUACAUGGCCUGUGCUUUCGCUGGCCUGCUCUCCCCUGAGCCAGGCUCUGUCAUUCUCGGGACACACAUAGGUGCUCAAGAGAAGGGUAGCGUGAAAACGGUAUUUAACGGUGUUGAGGUUGACAUGUUCGCCCACGGCCCAGAGAGCUGGAUUGCCAUGUGGGAUGGUGAAGUAUUCGAGAAGGGGAUGGUCAAGGUGGAGGCGGAGUUGAGGCGGGAGACAUACGGUACUGCGGUGACGGAAGGACGCCCGUUUUCAUUGGUCUGGUCUGUAACAAGGCUGUGA